GAUCGUCUGUCAUUUAAGCAUGUGUUGAAAAGGUAAACAUAACCCUGAACAUUGUGCAUUCGAAAUGGGUAUAAAAGUGAUCGAGAGUGAUCUGUCGAAGCACCCGAAAUGUCCGCACGGGCCGACGCUUCUCUUCACGCGUACCGGAGAGGAGGACAAACCAUUCUUCGCGUGCUCCGCGUGUCGUGACAGGAAGGAUUGCGAGUUCUUCCUAUGGCAGAGCGAAUACGAUAUGUUCUCCAAAGCGAAGAACAAGUACUGGGAGGGUCAGGCUAAGAAGUAUCUCAGAGGUGUGGACCACGAGAACUUGUACAGUGUAUACGAGGCUGUCUCGGAGAUGCCUGAGAAUGAGAGGAUGUUCUGCAAGGAUUGCUCGGUGAUGCAGUUGGACAUCGAUAAGGUGAAGCAUCAGAAGUGCAACACCGUAUUUGGGGUCAGUGAUGAUCAGAUGAAACGUCCCACGGAGAUGUUCCAACCUUUGGAAAAUGAUAAGACAGAAGCGCAAUAUCUGUUUACGAAGGACACUGUUAAGACCAUAGUGGAAAUACUGAGGAAACAGAACUUGACGAAGGUUCUUUGCAUCGGUGCCCCAAGGAUACACGAGCACAUUGCGAACGAACGGGAGGAUAUGAAAUCGAUGCUCUUAGAUUUGGAUAGGAGAUUCCAUAAUUUUUAUGGCCCCAAAGAGUUCUGCUGGUACAACUCUUUCAAUAAUCAUUUCUUCUCGGAAGAAGCUAAAACUCAUUUCCGCGAAUUCCUAACUCUGAGCAGCGAGGAGAAGUUGGUGAUCGUUACAGAUCCGCCGUUCGGUGGUCGAGUGGAACCGUUGGCUGCGACCUUCAAAUCGAUAAAUAAGCUUCAGCAAGAGAUCAAUGGAAACGACGCGGACACGCCGAUCCUUUGGAUAUACCCGUACUUCAUGGAGCCGAUGAUUCUGGGCAGUUUCCCCGACUUUCACAUGUGCGACUUCAAAGUGGAUUACGACAAUCACACUCUGUUCACGGUCGGACCCAAGGGAAGGAAGAAGGGCUCUCCGGUGCGCAUCUUCACGAACCUCAAGCCAGAGGCGAUUAACUUGAGCGGCGAGGACGGCUACAAGCACUGCGAGACGUGCAAGAGGUGGGUGUCCGCGGAGAACAGGCAUUGUGCCGAAUGCGGAGCGUGCACAUCCAAAGAUGGAAGCACUUACAAUCAUUGUCUGCAUUGCAAGAGAUGCGUCAAGGAGAGUUGGAAGCACUGCAACGCUUGCAACAGGUGCGCUUUUGUCGAACACAGAUGCGGCCAAUUCGAAGAGAUUGUGAGGGAAUCUAAGAAGAGACCAAUCCAGCAGAGCAAACGCAGCAUGCAGAAGAAAAAACGAAGAUUCAAUAAUAAAAAUGAU